AAAAAAAUGAAUUGAAAAAUGAAAAGCCCAACUGCGAGAAACAUCAAACUAAACAAGAAAUUAUUGAGCAUGCUCAAAGUCAAGAUCCAGAGAAACCCUAAGGUUACUCUGGCAACUUUAAAGGCUAAAGUAAAGACUGGCAUGACAAAGAAUAGUAGAACUAGAAGGCCACAGAGGAAUAUAAGCAAGAAUAGAAAAUUAUGAAUUUCGUUGUCUACAGUCGCCAAAAACAGAAAUUUUUUCAGUCCUCAAAGAACUAUGCGAACAAAGACCAAAACAGGGGCUAACACAAAUAUGGAAGUCACUAAAAAACGUGAGAUGCUUUCACCAGAUGAGAGCAGAAGUUACCUCCUUCACUCUUAUAUGAUAGGGAGAGUAAACUCUAAAAUAAAAAAUAAUAGAAUCAUAAAUGGCAGGUUUGUAUCUCCCCUCAAAUUAUUCAGAAAAGUUCAAGGAUUUCAGAGCAUGAAUAAGACAUCAAUAAUAGAGAAGGAAGAACUGAAUGGAGACUUCACCUCUUUGCCAAAAAUUGCGAAGGGAUUAUAAAUUUGCUAUAUAACUAUUCUUGAUAGUACUAUAUUUAACUCGUUCUUCAGGCGUGGCUAACUUGAUCAGCUUUUUAAGCAUUAUGUAAGCAUAAUAGUCCCUUGUUCUUACUGGGGUUGAAGAGUCUUGCCAGAAGGGAAUUUACCCAAUAUUUGGAGUAAAUUUACAUAUUGGAUGUUUUAAAUUUAGCUUGUGGGUUGUGAGCGUUUUAAUGGAGCAUCUUUGGAAUAGGAAAAUUCUGAACUUUGUAUAUGCACUUUGGCCCUUUGGGAUGAAAAAGGAUGCCUUAGGGACUGUUAGUGGAAGUAUUGGUUAUUUAGAGUUUGAAGAAUUUUCCGAAGUUUUCGAAAAUAUAAAACUGGUUUCUAAAGUCAGGUCUACCAUUUUAUGCCUUCUUUCGCAAGAGGUUUAAAACAAUAGGUAUCA